CAAGCGGGAGCUGGGUUCCCCCGCCUUCGCUGCUAUCACCGCUGACCCCCGGACCCCAACUCCAGGCCCGGGCCCAGCCGCCAUGACGAACGUGUACUCCUUGGAUGGGAUUCUGGUGUUUGGUUUGCUCUUUGUUUGCACCUGUGCCUACUUCAAGAAAGUACCUCGUCUCAAAAGCUGGCUGCUCUCAGAGAAGAAGGGAGUUUGGGGUGUGUUUUACAAAGCUGCUGUGAUUGGAACUAGGCUGCAUGCUGCUGUAGCAAUCGCCUGCGUUGUAAUGGCCUUCUACGUCCUGUUUAUAAAAUGAAUUCCAAAGCAUCCAUUUCAUCAACUGCCAACCAAGGGGACAAAGGUGAAGAACCUGUCAGGAGCCUGGGCCCAGCGUAGGAGAGUUCAGCUAAAAUCAUCAAAGUCCCGAGGAUGACACCACAGCAUCUGCCCCUACCUUAUGUGGGGAAAACUCCUCGUGGUUACAAACAUUAUUUAUGCUUCAGGGGACUACAGAAAGCCAGCUUCCUUUGACCUGUGUGUAAAUCAGUCCUCAGCAGAGAGCAUAUAAUGUCCAGAUGAAUUACACCCCUCAGUGCUACGAUUACAUACCUCCUGCUUAAAAAUCUGUCACCUAUUUUGUGCUUCAGCCCCUCAUCAGGAACUUUUCACACUGAGGCUCAUUAGGGGAGGAUAUAAGCUGUAUUCAGACUUCUUGGAAGGAGAGAUAAUUUUCAAGACUUGACUUUUUUUUUUAGUGUUUGAUUUGGAUUUGGCAAAUUGCAGGGGGCUGGGAGGCUGGGGUGGGGAGGCUGGGUGGGAAAUAGGAGUUAAACAAUGCCAAGGAAUUUUUUGGCUUUGGAAAUUUAUCUUUCAUAUACCAGUCUGAGAACAUGAGAGAGAGGCAUGAUCCUCAUUGCAAAAAGGGAACAGACGAAAUAGCUGUGCUGUGUGCUGGUAGCCAGAGAGUUUUGCCAAGAGAAUCUGGGCCUACAUAAGAUUUGGAAAUUGUCUGUGAUGAGACCAGAAAGGAGUAACUUAGACAAGAAACAAUGUUCUAUUCACCAGUAUUCCCAAAAGGAAACUUCACCCCCUCAAAUGGUAUACUGAAACUGUUGCUAUUUUCCUGAAGCUUUUUAAAUAUUUUCUAAAUUACUGAGUGCUAAAUACUGUUACUCAGUUUUAAAUGCCACCACUAGGGGAAAGAGAAACUAUUGAAGAAAUAAUUUGCAGUUGGGGUAGAAGUAAAUAAAUCUAGUAUAUUAAUUCAUAUACUAGUAAAGUCAUCUAGAAUUUAUUGUGAUGUUAGAUGGAAGUUCUGUCAUGUUAACCAACAUACAGACUUAUUCUUUGUUUAAAUCCGGGUUAUGGCAAUUUUCAGUCGAUUACUUGUGUUUCUUGGCCCACUUUUAAUUUUCUUCAUAUUGUAGUAUUCUUUAGCUGUCUCUUGGAAAUUAUAAGAACAUGAGAAAUUUGAAUGAGAGAAGUUGAUGGCAUUCACAGGCAUGUUUGGACAGUUCAUAGAAUCCAUGAAUAAAAUGAGAGUGUUUUCUAAAGUAAAGGAAAGCAGAGGUUUGCAAUUGAGAUUGAUGGGCUUUUCCAUGGAGUAUGGGAACUCCUGAGCAAAUCAUUUUAGAUGACUCUACAUUUGAAGGGAAGACUUCUCCAUUCCCUCCUCCUUUUAUCUGCAAAAGGAUCAACUGUUGCAUUUAUGAAGCCUAGAACUUCUCUAUUAAAAAAAGAAAAAGAAUUAGUCUAAAAUUAAAUUAUUGUAAAGAUCAAGCAGAGACAUAGGUCUACCAGUGGAAUUAUUCACUAAAGUAAAACUUGACUGUGGA